ACUCUGUGCGAUUAAAACCGGGAAGGCUGGGCAGCUGCCCUGUGUCCGAGAUUUCCCCAGGUGGCGUCCACCGGAAGACCGGAAUCUCCCUCUUUGAGCACAGGUGCACUCUGAGGAUUUACCAGUCCUUCACAGGGGGCCAGCUGGGUUUAUUCUGAAGCAUGCAGGAGAACGACCAGCCACCCUCACUGUCUCAGCUCUUGAGAGAGAGCUACCUGGCAGAAGCCAGAGCCCAGCAGCGCCACAGUGAGAUGAGCCGCUCGGACGCUUCCUCCUCACGCCUUCAAAUCUACGGCUCACUCAAAGGCAAGUCUGAGGACUCUGUGGGCCACAAUGAUCCCCAAUUGCCAGACCUCUCAGCCUUCCUCAGCCAGGAGGAGCUGGAUGAGAGUGUGAACCUGGCCCGCCAGGCCAUUGGACAUGAGCCUCGAGAGGAGAGGGCAGAGGUCAAGGCCUCUGUUGUGCCGUUAACCCACUCCAACAUCUCCUCCGAAGCCCCAUCUGUUCCCUUUGCUGCUCCUUUUGCUGCCCCCUCCACUGUGCCAUUCAUCCAGCCGGCCCCUGAACUCAAAGAACUGCCAGCAGCACACACAACAUUCACAUCAGACCGAAAGAUGCACAAAGCGUCCACACGGCAGGACAACAUGAUCAGGGACACAAGGGACUCCAGUGAGGGGUUUAACGACUUCAACAGCUCGGCGAGGAAUGCCCCGUACGGUCCGGAGACCCAGUCCAAGAAAGAGUUCCUCAACAAGGCAGCGGACUUUAUUGAGGAGCUCUCCUCUCUCUUCAAAGCCAACAGCUCCAAACGGGUACGGCCAAGAGCGUGCAAAGCCCACAGAAGUAGGACCCAGAACAAGAGCCAGAACGAUGGGACAGUUCACCCACUCUGCCCAGACAACAGGGAGCGCUCCGCCAUGCCCGUGGAGGUGGAGAAGGAGAGAUCCAGCCCCGCUGUCAGCCACCACCCAGAGGCCCGGCUGGACUCUGGGAUUGGGCGUGUGGAGUUUCAGGACAGCAGGAUAACUGAGGAGCAGCAGUAUGACUCUGUUUCCCAGGAGGUGGAGGAGGAGGAGGCUGAAAGCUGUGCCCUGACAGAGACUCCAUACCCCACAGAGCCUGCGUGUGAGCCUCCUUGUUUCAUCCAGAAACUGAAAAGCAGGGAAGUACCAGAGGGCAGCAAGGUCCAGCUGGACUGCAUCGUAAGAGGACUCCCCGUACCUGAAGUCCGGUGGUUUUGUGAGGGCAAGGAGUUGGAGAACAGCCCUGACAUUCAGAUCAUCACUGAUGGUGAGCUGCACUCUCUGAUCAUCGCAGAGGCCUUCGAGGAAGACACCGGACGCUACUCUUGCUUUGCAUCUAAUUUUUAUGGCACUGAUUCCACGUCAGCUGAGAUCUAUGUCGAAGGCGCUUCCUCUUCGGAUUCUGAGGGGGAACAGCACGUUGAACAUGUAGCCCAGCUGCAGUCUUCACCUCCAAAGAGCCAAACUCUCCCUGCAGAAGAGGAACACUCUCCAUCAUCCCAACCUGCAGCAGCUACUGAAGAGCCGUCAGAGCAGCUUUCCUCUCCUCCGACUAACCAAAUAAUCCCAGAACCUCUCCUACCAGUGCGGACAUCAGCCAUCAUACUUCCUGUGCCAGAGCCCACUAAAACAUCUGUAGCAUCCACAGCACAUCCUGCUCAGGAGGAAGCAACAGUGUCACCUGUACAGGUGUUUCCUACUUUGUCACCAGGCGAUACAGAACUUUCAGAAGCACAAGAAUUUUCAACACCUGUCACAUCCACACCAGCUGCAGCCAUAGCAACAUCACUGCCUAUGAUCUCUGUGGUCUCCUCUGUGCUGCCUGUCCUGUCAGCUCCAACACAAACGCAACAGCCUGAGAGUCAAACAUCCAACCACAACUAUCUACAAGGCUUGAACGGCCAACCUAUCAUGGCUGCCCCUGUAUUCACAAAGAGCCUGCAGGACCUCCUUGCAUCCGAAGGCCAGCUGGUGGUGCUAGAGUGCCGCGUGAAAGGGGUGCCGUCUCCUAGAGUGGACUGGUACAGAGAUGGAAAGAUCAUCGAGGACUCUCCUGAUUUUAGAAUCCUACAGAAAAAGCCCCGAUCUCCAGCUGAAUCAGAGGAAAUAUGCACUCUGGUGAUUGCUGAGGUCUUUGCUGAAGAUUCUGGGAUGUUUACUUGUACAGCAAGCAACAAGUAUGGAACUGUGUCCAGUUUUGCUGCACUAAGGGUCAAAGGCAAUGGCAGCAACAACCACCAUGUGAGGCCUUUCAGCAGUUCAACAGUGGAGCCCAAUCAAAUCCAUGAUCCUUCAUCAGCUCCCACCAUGAACCCUCAACCAGAGGUUACUGUGACCAACAGCAUCAAGCCCCACUCCAGCACCAUUCGCCUCGACCCGCUCAUCUCUAGCACUGUACGCCUUGACCCCUUGAGCACCAGCACCCUCCGUCUAGACCCCAACGGCUCCAGCAUGUUGCGUCCAGACCCCCUUCGCACCAGCCUACCCAGCCUAGAACCCUCCAGCCUGAGCAGCAGCUCCUGCCUCAACUCUCGAAGCAGCAGCACCCCAAACUUAGAUCCUCUUAAUGUCCACCAGAACCCUUUUGGAUCCAGCGGUGCGCGCCCAGAACCACAGAGUGGUGCACAGCUGCUCUCAUACCCAAAACCCUACAUUUCUCCAUUCACUGUUGGUGUUUCAGCUGAACAGGAAUUGUCCAAACCUUCAGUGAAAUCGCCUGACACAAGCCCCACAGCUAAACAAACCCCAAACCAUCAGAAUGGGAGCCUCAUCGUGGUGCCCCUCCCUGAUCCACCUCCCAACUCCUGCCUAAAGACGGGCUCCCAGUCGAACCAUAAAGACUCCAGAGUCGGCCUGCGUGUGCACUUUAAACUGCCAGAGGAUGAGGAGGAAGAACAAAGUGACGCAUCCAGUCAGUGUGAUGAUGACAACAACUUGUCAGCCAACAAAGAACCACCACCAGUGCUGGCUAAACCCAAACUGGACCCAGCCCAGCUGCAGCUUCUGCACAACCAGGUCCUCAUGGAGCAGCAGCAGGAUACUGAACCUCCAAACCAAGCCCAAACCAAGCCUCAGCCCCAAACCCAAACCAAGCCUCAGCCCCAAACCCAGACCAAGCCACAGCCUGCAACCCAAAUACAAAUCCAGAUCCAGCCGGAGGUCCAAAGGUCCGAUGAAGGUCUGCUGUGGUCACCAAGAAUUCAUCGUGAACCCCAUGCACCUUCUUUCCAUCCCUACCUUAACACAACGACACUAAUGCAGCAGACGCCCCACUCUGCACCUCUGCUGACCACCACUCCCCCUGAUCCCUCUCUGAGCUCUGCACCAACACACAGCACCACCUUUUCACCUCCUCUCAGCACUUCUCCUUUGACUUCCCCUCCUUCAAUCCCUCACCUAAAGACUUCCUCCGUGGUGACCUUGCCUCCACCUGCCCCACAGCUGAGAACAGCUCCUCCUCCCAGUAUAGCUCUUGUAACCCAGAUGAACACCAUCCAUGCCUCUCACAUCAACCUUUCCCCCGCAGCUCUCGCCAAAACUGCACCAACACCCCAAUUUUUCUCUCCUCCUGCACCAAAGCUUAGCACGGCCCCUACAGAUCCGACCCCGGACGCACAGCAGCUCACAUCUCCUGCUGCUCUGCUGAGGAGCACCCACGCCUCCCUCAUGAACCUCACCGCCACCUCACACACCUUCAACUAUGCCCGGCCUAAAGAGUUCAUUGCAGCUCAGACCUUCUCACCAGUCAGGAGUCCAUCCCCAACAGAAUCCCCAGUCCCUCUGCUCCAAGAGCUGGCCGCUGAGCUUAACUCCUCUGCAGCCAGCUCCCCUACUAUCCCGCCAUUCUCCCCGCCACCCAGGAUUUUCCCCUUGAGGGUCCUCCAGUCUCCCACCAGCCCUCCGUCCCUCGUGACCUCACCCACGCCGUCAUCUUUACUCAACAGUGUGUUUGCCUUACGAGCCCAGUCACCACCACAGGCCUCCUCUCCCACCUCCAGCAGCUCCACACCGAGCCCAAUUCAAAACCCUGUGGCGUUCCUGAGCUCCGUCCUACCAUCCCUGACUCCGAGUCAGCCCACCAACUCGAUGGGCCUGCCCAAGGGAGCUCCUUUAGGGCUAAAAAAGACCACACCAAAGGUACACCGCACUUCAAUUGAAGAUAUUCGGGAAAGCAAAGAACUUCUCCUCCUUGACAUCGAGAAAAAGCUUCGAUUUAGAGACGAUAUUCCACAGUUUGCAUAUCAACAGAAGCUGAGUAAUGAGGGGAAAACAGCGAGCAGACCCCUUGGACCAAACAUUCCUGCUACUGUCAUUAACUAUGAUGAGGAAUACAAAGUGUCCAAUUUUGAGCAAAGACUAAUGAGUGAGAUCGAAUUCCGUUUGGAGCGGACGCCGGUGGAGGAGUCGGAUGAUGAGGUGCAGCACGAUGACGUACCUACAGGAAAAUGCAUAGCGCCCAUAUUUGACAAGAAACUAAAGAACUUCAGAGCCAUGGAGGGCGUGCCUGUCACUUUCUCAUGUAAAGUUGUGGGAAUCCCUAUUCCAAAGGUUUACUGGUUCAAGGACGGCAAGCAGAUCUUGAGGAAGAACGUCCAUUACAAGAAGAUUCGAGAGGGAGAUGGGACCUGUGCUCUACAUAUAGAGAGUUCGACCAAUGACGACGAUGGCAACUACACCAUCAUGGCAGCUAAUCCACAGGGACGAAUCAGCUGCUCAGGUCAUUUGAUAGUCCAAACGGGACCUCCCCGAAACCGAAUGACACCAAUUCACUCUCAGAGGGUGCGAGCACGCAUACAGGAAGUUGAAGGUGAGCAAACCCAAGAGCGUUUUUUUCGGCCUCAUUUCCUCCAAGCUCCGGGGGACAUGCUGGCUCAUGAAGGAAGACUGUGCAGACUAGACUGUAAGGUGAGCGGCCUCCCCAACCCAGAGCUCAUGUGGUUGGUGAAUGGGAGGCCAAUCUAUCCAGACUUUUACCACAAGAUGUUGGUGCGUGAGAAUGGCAUCCAUUCCCUGGUCAUUGAUCCUCUGACGCAGAACGACGCAGGCACAUACACGUGCAUCGCAAGCAACAAGGCAGGGCAGAGCUCCUUCAGUCUCGAGCUCAAAGUUGUGGAGAAAGAGAUGAAGCACCCUCCUGAAUUUGUGGAGAAGCUGCAGAACAUGGGUAUUCCUGAGGGGACGCCAGUCAGGCUGGAGUGUCGGGUGGUGGGGAUGCCCCCUCCAGUCAUCUUCUGGAAGAAAGACAAUGACACCAUUCCCAAAACUAAGGAAAGAGUCAGCAUGUCCCAGGAUGCAACAGGAUAUGUGUGUCUCCUCAUCCAGCCAACGACAAAAGACGAUGCUGGCUGGUACACUGUGUCAGCAAAAAACGAGGCUGGGAUCAUAUCCUGCACCUGCAGGCUUGAUAUCUAUGCACAAUGGCAUCAGAGCAUCCCUGCACCCAUGAAAAAGUCUCAGCGCACAGGCAGCCGCUAUGCAGCUCUGACGGGCCAGGGGCUCGACAUCAAGUCAGCUUUCCCCACGUCAGAGACAAACCCCAUCCUGUUCUCCAGCUCCCCUCCUGAGGCACUGCUGGAGAGCGAGGAGCUGUGACGCUGCAACAUGGUGACCCUCAGAGGCCUCCCAGCACACGCUGUGAUCUCGCUGAGGUUGAAGCAGUAGAGGGCUAUAAGCGUGAUUCGAGCGUUGUCAUGUGAUUCGUGUGAUGCAUUUGAAGUGAUACACUCAGAGUAGAAUGGCAAAGAAUUACUGUGUUAAAGCUAUCAGUGCUGAUAGCGGGUUUGUCACCAUUCCUAUUUACUCAAGUCAUAUGAAGAGUGUUUCACACACAGAAAAAAAAACAGAUUUGCAAAGUCUUAGCUCAUGAGCCAUCAGUGGAGUUGUGUUCUCUGACAGGUCUGAAUGACUCAAGUUUGUUUUCUACAUCAUAGCGACAAUAGUGAGUGAGGCUUAAUGUUGGUGAUAACAUCUGUUCUUAAUUGUUAGUCCUGUUCUCAAUGUGGUACAAGCAUUGCAUAUUUUUAUUGCAAAUUAUACACCUGUACUGGUAGUAAUAGUUUCUUUUAAAGUUUAUAUAAAAGUAGUUCUAAUUUAUUGUUUAUUAAUAAUCAGAGAUAGUUUACAGUAUAUUAUUAGACAUUUGAAUGUGCCAUUUAGAUUGGUUUAUUUAAGUGGCUCCAGCAAGGUGGGAUUAUUUCUACUUUUACCCUAAAUAAUUUCUUUGUUCACAGUUUUGCACCAUGUUUUUUCAUGUGCAUGCAUGCCAAAGGCUGAUGAAGAUGCAAUACUAUAUAACUUAACACACACAUUGUGGCUACUCACAGUCAUAUUAAUAACAUGUUGUUAGGUGCCUUGCAUUCAUGGUUAAUAGCUGACACAAAAACUAUUUUGAACUUUUGUUUUUUGCUUUCAGUUGAUUUAAUUCAUUUUUGUAUUGACAAAGAUUAUCUCGAUCCUAUCUACAGUUGGAGAUGUAUUGCCAAAGGAAUGAGUCAGAUGAGACUAAAGUCUCUUUGUUUUGUGGUAAAACUGUUGGCUUUACUUUAAAAUGACACCAACAAGUCAAAUGUAUCCCACAUAGGUUAUUAUUGAAUUUUAAGAUAAAUUCAAAUUGUUUUGAAAACAUAUUGAAGAAAAGCAAAUACUCAACUGAUGUAAAGUUGCACACUGUAAAAUAGUUUUGUCCUUCUCAGAAUAAAGUUAUAU